AUGAACCCACAGCCCCAAUCUUCAACGUCGACCUACACCCAAGGCCACAGCGCGGCCGUUGUGGCAUCACACGCGUCUCGCACGGUUGAAAACUCUGCAGCGUUCUUGCUUCCUCAUCUGCAGCCACAUUUCACGAUUGUGGACCUGGGCUGUGGCCCUGGCACCAUCACCAGAGGAUUCUGCCCCCAUGUUCCUCAAGGGUCGGUGAUUGGGAUCGACGCUGCGGAGUCGGUCAUCACAUUAGCCCGCUCGGGGGCCCCAGAGAACGAACAUCCUAAUCUGACGUUCCGUGUGGGCGACAUCACCGCCCGCUUGCCCUGGGACGACAACUCGGUCGACGUCGUCUAUACCAGCCAGGUGCUUUACCACAUCCCUACACCUGUCCGCGUUAUACAGGAAGCGCUUCGUAUCCUGAAGCCAGGCGGUAUGCUCGCCAUGCGCGAGACCGACACGCUGAUCUACCAUCCUAGCAACCCGGGGACAGAAGCCUUUCUGGCAGCCAUGGCCAAGGCAGUGUCCCCUGGGGCCCAAGGCAUCGGCUCCGGCCGCCGGAUUCACCUGUGGGCCCAAGAGGCCGGGUUUGAGAGGUCCAAGAUGCAGGUCCGCGCGGGCGCAACCUGCCAUCCCGCACCCGACGAAUCCAAAUGGUGGGCCAACAUCCAAGUCGAGCGGCUCAAAGGUGAGAUCGGACGAAAGUGGCUGGGAGAGCUCCAACUCGUCCGUAGUCAGGCUGAGAUCGACGCCAUGGUUGACGGCUUGAGGGCUUGGGGCGACAGUCCCGAGGCGUGGUACGCUGCGCUCCAGGGAGAAGUCAUCUGCUGGAAAUGA